AUGUUGAAGAAAAUCGUAGUUAAAAUUGAAAGAAUCAAGUACCACUUCUAUGGUUCUUCUUGGGCCCUAUUCGUUUGGGGUCUUGAGGUUAUUCCCGACUUAGCCAAAGCCGUAGCCAUAUGUAAUGCGGGGAUAUACCCUAGAUUCAAGAGGUGGACGUUCGUGAAGAGCAACAUAGAACAGUUACAACCUUUAUUUGAGACAAAGGCCAACGGGAUUUGGGAGAUGAGGCCCGAUGAGUACGAGGCCACGACGCAUUACUGGCUAUUGGUGGCAGGCGUCAAUGAUGAUUUAGGGGUUCAAUUUGCAGGUCCGGGAGUCUUCGGUCAUAGGCAGGCUCGUGCGCGCUAUAGUGGUGGGGACCACAACGAGCCUUCUAUUGAGCAUGUCGAAUGGCGUCGCAGUUCGAGGCAGGAUCAUGGCAAGCGCCCGAGAGGACAAGUAGUGGACACCUCAUCGAGCAGCAGCCAUCACGAUCAGAGCGGGGGAGAUCACCCCGUAGAUUCUGGUCGAAGGUCUCACAGUCACAGAGCCCCGAGGCCUAGGUACGGGGAUGAGAGUAGUGCUCCUGCGCCAUCACAGUGGAGCGAGCAGGAUUGGCAGCGCAUGCAGCACAUGAUGCGCGAGAGUGAGGGCCGGAUAGCGAGGAAUGUGGAGGAGAGCCUAUUCACGAGGAUUAAGAAUUGGUUCGAGGAGAAGUUGGAUGUUAUGCGUUGUCGAUGCUCGCAUAGCACUGAUGUUCAUGUGCCCAGACCUGCUCCACGAUCUCACUCAGAGAGGAGACGCGAGCCCGAGCCCGAGUCCGAGCCGGCGCAGUGUGUAUCCUCAGAGGCCCCAUCGCAUCACGGAUCCCCUACACACGGAUCCCCUGCACACGAGUCCCCUGCACGAGAGGUGGGACAUCCUACUGGUGAUGGUAUGCACACCCCGCAGUGGCAGCAUGAUCCGUUUGGUAGCCCGACUACUUUUGGGGAUGUGCAGACUCCACACAUGGGUGUCUAA